CAACAUGUUAUCCAAAGUGCAAAAAUGGUGGGGAGUGUCUCAGACCUGGAAAAUGCAGAUGUCCACCUGGCUAUGGCGGUAGAUACUGUCAUAAAGUAAGCUGUGAAGGAGGCUGUCAAAAUGGUGGGGAAUGCAUCUCUGUCAAUGGAGUUGUGAAGUGCCUUUGUGCUUCUGGCUGGACAGGAUCAAGAUGCCAAGAAGCAAUUUGUCCCCAAGGUUGUCGGAAUAAUGGAGCUUGUGUGGCUCCUGGGAUUUGUAGCUGUCCAGCUGGAUGGGUCGGUGGAGCAUGUCACUUAGCUCUAUGUAAACUACCUUGUCAACAUGGAGGAAAAUGCAUAGCUCCAAACGUGUGCAGAUGUCGACUGCCGUACUCUGGUCUACAGUGUACAAAGAAAAGGAAGGAAUGAAGCAAUUUCAGCAAAGAUAAGCUGCAGUUUUCUUCAUGUAACUCUUCAUACAGAGACAAAGUCUGCAGCAGUGGGGGACCUUAAAACAAACAUGGUAACUAAUUGAUUUCAGGUAGCUUUUUGUCUUCAUUAUAUUAAGUAAACGCUUUUCUGUAUGAAAGAAAAGUAUUGCUGAUUGUAACAAAGCUGUUAAAAGUAUCCAAGUGUGUGUAGUGUAUGGCACACAUUUUCUUCUGUUCUCAUUUUUCUUCGUAAGCAAAAGUAUUAUGUCUUGGUUGAUACAGCUGACCUUGAAAUAAAAUUUACUCUUCAAAUAAA